AUGUCUGCCUCAUUUGAAGCAGAAGAGAUAUCGAACAGUCGAAAUGUUUUGUUUUCGCCGCAACGACAAUCAACAGCAACUGUUGAACUUGACGAAAUGGAAUUAUUGCCUGGUCCUCUGAGUGCAGAUGAAGAAGCAUUUUUUGAAGCUGUUCAAAGCGGCGACAAAGAGUCAGUUCAGAAACUACUACAUGACAAACAAGUCGACGUCAAUUGCAGAAAUACUAACGGAGAAACCGCGCUGCAAAUAGCAGUUGAUGAGGAAGCAAUCGAUAUCAUCAAAACGCUCCUGAAAAAUCAGGCAGAAAUUGGUUCAACGUUGUUCCAAGCUGUUAGGAACAAUUCCUUGCAGUGCGUCAGGAUUCUCGUGGCAUAUGAUUCGAAUCGGAGAAUCUCCACUGCAAAAGAAAGAAGUUCAGCAACGACAUCGAAAACACUAAAUUCCUCAGGGAAGUUUGAUGAGUUUCUGACGCCGCUCGGCUUGGCUGUAGUGAACGGAAACUAUGGAAUUGUCGAAUUUCUCGUCAGCAAGGGAUACAAAGUGGAAGAUCCACAAUCACAGAAAGCUCAAGAUGCCGCCGAACGAAGUGAAAAGGAAUCGAUGGCCAGGCUUAAAGAUUCUUUGGAAAAGAGAGACAACCAAGAAACAGAAGCUAAGUAA